ACGCGCCGGCGUGCGCGCCGCCGCUGCCUCUCUCUCCCUGCCUCCCUCUCUUCUCUCUCUCUCUCUCCCGUGGUAGCAGGAGCAGCGCGGGCGGCGGGGCUGGAGCGUGGCUGAGGCGGCCAUUCCUACCGAGCGAGAGAGAGCGCAGCGUGUCCCCCCCGGGCUCAGUCGCGCACAGGAGAUGCCCUCGGCUACCAACAGCACCAUGGCGAGCAGCACCACCGGCAGCACCACCGGCAAAGCGGGACCGGGCAGCGAGGCUGCCCCGGCGGCGGCGGCCCCGCAGGCGGCGGCGGGUGUGAACAUCACCACGGUGCAGACCGAGGCCAUGAAGCAGAUCCUGGGGGUUAUCGACAAGAAGCUGCGCAACCUGGAGAAGAAGAAGAGCAAACUUGAUGAUUACCAGGAACGAAUGAACAAGGGAGAACGUCUGAAUCAAGAUCAACUGGAUGCAGUGUCAAAGUACCAGGAAGUGACAAAUAAUCUGGAAUUUGCUAAGGAACUGCAGAGGAGUUUUAUGGCUCUGAGCCAAGAUAUCCAGAAAACAAUAAAGAAGACAGCUCGCAGGGAGCAGCUGAUGCGAGAGGAGGCCGAGCAGAAGCGUUUAAAGACGGUGCUGGAGCUGCAGUUCAUUCUGGAGAAGCUGGGGGACGAUGAAGUGCGCAGCGACCUCAAACAGGGAUCCAACGGGGUGCCAGUGCUGACAGAGGAGGAGCUGACAAUGCUGGAUGAGUUCUAUAAGCUGGUUUACCCUGAACGAGACAUGAGCAUGAGGUUGAAUGAGCAGUAUGAGCAAGCAUCUGUUCACCUGUGGGACUUACUGGAAGGGAAGGAAAAACCAGUUUGUGGAACAACCUAUAAAGCACUGAAGGAGAUUGUUGAACGCAUCCUUCAGACCAGUUACUUUGACAGCACCCACAACCACCAGAAUGGGCUGUGUGAGGAAGAGGAGGCAGCACCUGCACCUGCAGUAGAAGACGCUGCAGCAGAGGCUGAACCUGAUCCAGCAGAAGAAUUUACUGAGCCAACUGAAGUUGAAUCAACUGAGUAUGUAAACAGACAAUUCAUGGCAGAGACUCAGUUCAGCAGUAGUGAGAAGGAACAGGUAGAUGAGUGGACAGUUGAAACGGUUGAGGUUGUAAAUUCCCUGCAGCAACAGACACAGGCGACGUCUCCUCCCGUCCCGGAACCUCACGCACUCACUGCUGUGGCUCAGGCAGACCCCCUGGUCAGGAGACAGCGAGUACAGGACCUCAUGGCACAGAUGCAGGGCCCCUACAACUUCAUGCAGGACUCGAUGCUGGAAUUUGAGAACCAAACGCUUGAUCCUGCCAUUGUAUCUGCACAGCCCAUGAACCCAGCCCAGAGUUUGGACAUGCCCCAAAUGGUUUGCCCUCCAGUUCAUGCUGAGUCAAGACUUGCCCAGCCUACCCAAGUUCCUGUGCAACCAGAAGCUACACAGGUUCCCUUGGUUUCUUCUACAAGUGAGGGAUAUACAGCUUCCCAACCCAUGUAUCAGCCUUCUCACACAGCAGAGCAACGGCCACAGAAAGAAUCAAUUGACCAGAUUCAGGCUUCCAUGUCCCUGAAUGCAGACCAGACCCCGUCCUCAUCAUCACUUCCCACUGCAUCCCAGCCACAGGUGUUCCAGGCUGGAUCCAGCAAGCCUUUGCAUAGCAGCGGAAUCAACGUCAAUGCAGCUCCAUUCCAAUCCAUGCAAACAGUAUUCAACAUGAAUGCACCUGUUCCUCCUGUGAAUGAGCCAGAAACCCUUAAGCAGCAAAACCAGUACCAGGCCAGUUACAACCAGAGUUUCUCCAAUCAACCUCACCAAGUAGAACAAUCAGAUCUCCAGCAAGAACAACUCCAGACAGUGGUUGGUACCUACCACGGUUCCCCGGACCAGAGUCACCAAGUGGCAGGAAACCACCAGCAGCCUCCCCAGCAGAGCACUGGAUUUCCCAGGAACAGCCAGCCUUACUACAACAGCCGGGGCGUGUCCCGAGGGGGAUCCCGCGGGGCCCGGGGCCUCAUGAACGGCUACAGGGGCCCAGCAAAUGGAUUCAGAGGGGGAUACGAUGGCUACCGUCCUUCCUUUUCCAACACUCCAAACAGUGGCUACACACAGCCCCAGUUCAAUGCUCCUCGGGAUUACUCAAACUACCAGAGGGAUGGAUAUCAACAAAAUUUCAAACGUGGCUCUGGACAAAGUGGACCUCGGGGAGCUCCUAGAGGUCGUGGAGGGCCCCCCAGACCAAACAGAGGGAUGCCUCAGAUGAACGCUCAGCAAGUGAAUUAAACACGUUCACAGGAUUCCGUUCAACGCCAAAAACACGCUGGCCAGUGUACAAUACAUGUUACCAGAAGAGUUAUUAUCUAUUUGUUCUCCCUUACAGGAAGUUUGUUGUAAAGGGACUAUUUUCAUUACCCAUAAUGACAGGACUGCAGUUGCCAGCUUUAUAUUCCCUGGAUAUUGAAAGGAACGAAACAACGUUUACUCUGCAUGUUCUGUCCUAAGCAUCAUCUUGAGCCUUGCACAUGAGAUUCAGAUUCCUCACCCUUGCUAAGAAUAAAGCAAAAAAAGGCAAUUUUCAGGGUGAUCCAAUCUCCAUGGUUAACUGAAGUGGCAGGAAAAAAACAAAGACUCACUUCUGUCAUUUAAAAGUGAUUUAACAAAAUUCAGAUAAAAUCUGCAAAUUCAUAAAGAUUUUCUGUGGUGGCAGUUAAAAAAAAAAACUUAAAUGUUCCCAUGAAAAGAUGGAAAAGGUGAAGUGUGGCUUGGUAGAAAACUACAUUUCAUCUUUUUCUUACUAAAGCGAAGCACUGAACAGUUCAAGAUGUGUAGUGAUGCAAUUGCCCUAAAUAGACAGGUGGGCUUAGAGGCAGUUUGUGACAAAGAAAGAGGCACCCUUAGCUGCAGCACUCCUCAUCACCAGGGCCCUGAUUCCUGUGGCUAUGGAGUUAAGAGCGCUUGCAUAACUGCUAAUGUAACUGUGUAAUUAAUUUUUUUUUAGGAGACAAGGUGAAAAAAAAAAGAAAAAAAAAAGGCUUUGAUUUGGCACUUGGACAAAAUUUUGCAACAAAUCCUGAGCUAUAAUCUGGAUGGCCACUGUAUAUUUGAUGUGAAGUAUUUAGAUAUCUCUUUGAAACACUUUUAAGUUUCUUUGAUAGCAAUGACUUUUGUAAGGAUUGGUAUUCUCUAUCAUUCCUUAUGACUUGCACAUUGUCUGUCACUAAUACUUGACCUUGCUGUAUUAUCACCUGAAUAACUGAUGCCGGUACUGAUGGAAAUCCCUAAUGGAUAAUCAUAACACUUUUGGUCACAUGUCCUUUUGUCUUUCCUGCAGCCUUGAAGGUUUUAAGAAAUCUCAAAUGCCCGCUGCUGCUGCCCUUCCAAUUGCUGUCUUUUGAAAGCACCAGUCUGUGUUUGAGUUGAUUUCCCCUUUUCAGGGAAAUGACAGCCAGCAGUUACAGUUCUAAUGGUAUAAGCAAGAUAAAUAAAACAUGUUUAUAAAAAUUGUAUCCUGGAACACUGGUUUUCAACGGCUGAAACAGAUUCAAUGUGAUGGGGUGACAUUUCAUAAGGUUUUUUUUCUUUCUUUCUUUGGUUUUUUUUCCCCAAUAGUCUCUUUUUCCUGACUAGAUGUAAACCCUCCUCCUGUUUUUCUGGUUUUAUUCUACUAGCUGUGACUUCUGGGAAACUUUUCUUUCUGAUGGACUUUUCCUUUUUUUUUUUUUUUCCUUCAUCAAGGCAGCGAUGUAUAAAAGAAAUGGCAUAAGCCUAGGAGCUGGAAAAUACCAAGUCUUAUUCAAGUUUUACUGCAUCCUUGUGGUAUAAUCUUUGGAAAAAUCACUUGUGCCUGCCUUUUGCGCACAUGCACUCUCUCUGCAGUGGGGAGAAUAUUUUGAUAGCUGCCUCCAUAGAGGUGUUGGUAGUUCUGUUGCAUUCUAUAGCACGUGUGAGAAGAAAAGUGCUAUAUUCUCUGUUAAGUAUUGCUCAUCAAAUAAUUCCUACCUGUGGAAAGGUGAAAUUGAGGAACAGCUGCGUGGUGUUUAACUGUUCUGUACAAAACUGAAGGUUGUUUUCACUCAGAGGGUCAUUUCUACUUUGUAUCACAACUGAACUUUCAGAACUUGCAGUCAGAUACUUUUGACUUCGUUGUGAAGCAGUCUGGAACUCCAUACAAAUAGGUGGGAUAUCACUUUUCCAUGUCCUGUGUGAAGAGCACAAAUGAAAAAUGUUUUCACUGCGGGAAGUGAUAAGCUUGUGAAGACCAUAUUCCACACCAGGCAUCCUGAAACGGGGCUGAUGUCUGGAAGCAGCAGUUUGAGUCAAGGCCUAGAACAUUCCUAAACUGCAGUCCGGUGAGAAGUUGCUGUUCUGUGUGUUUUUUAGGAAGCUAUUACUGAGAUAAUAGUCCCAACUGUUUUUUAACUGGAAAAAAAAUAAAAAGACAAACCUUUUAAUGUUGAACUGAUGUAGGAAAACAGUGAAUUCUUUUAAUUAUUUUAUUUUUGUUCAGGCAUCAGCUUUUAAAUGGUUGGUGGAACACAAGCUGCUCAGCUUUUUCCAUUGCACACCAGAUGCUCCUUAAGGAACGAAUUGUAGUUUGUCAGUAAAUGUGCACCAUACUCAAUCAGAGACCUCUGAAUGGAUCAAAACAUUCCACCUUGAGUUUGGGGGGUUGGUUUGGGGUUUUUUCCCAACUUGAAUUUAUUAAUAAAACACUGGGCCUCUUCAUAGAGAGACAAGUUUUUAAACCUCCUGUAUGCCAGUGGCCUUUAGAGGAGAGGUGGAACAAGUCCCUGAGAUGUGAGCUGGGAAUCUGCAUGGAGCCCUUUGUUCUCCACCGUGGUGUGAUAAAGUCUGAAACAUCAGCUGGAGUCACCCUGUGCACCCAGAGCCCUCCCUGCUCCUCUGGCCUGCUCAGGGCACCUCUCAGUUUUUACUCCAUGGCUUGGCUCUAGUCUGAGCUCCCUCCAGAUCCCAAGCACUCCUAGAUGGGUUUCUUUUGGAAAAGGUCCUGUUUAAAGCAAAGACUGUUGCCAGAAGUUUAUGUUGAAGCAAAGCUGUGGCACUUUGGGGCUGGCUCUGCUGCUGAGCCCCUUAGCCCCUUGUGGAUGCAGGGAUGAGCUGUUUGUUCAUGAGCAGCUGGGGUGUGAUCCUGGGGCUGGGACAGGGCUGGGGCUGAGCCUGUCAGACCAAACUUCAAAACCAAACUUCUGCCUUCAGCCUCUUGCUUCCUCUUGGCUGCAAUUCAAGGGUUUCUGAGCAAGUGAUUUUUAAAUCCCUGAAGUAUUUCACAUCUUUGUAUGGAUUGUUACUGUGUCUAGGAAAUUUGGAUCCUUCCUAGGUAUCUUAGUGAAAGCUGGCCCAGAAAUCAUGAGCUGUUGUACCUGAGGCCAGCCUGCUCCUGAAUUUUACUCCUGUGUUUCUGCUGUGUACAGGCUGUUUUCUAAGAACAGUUCACCAGUGCAGUUUAGGGAUUUUGCUGUGGAGAGGGUUCUAAACAUCCCUUAUCCCCUGUUUUCUUCCCCAGAUCCUGUCUUUUGUAUGCAGCAAUCUCUGAAUCAUCAGGCAGAGUAGUUGGAAGAGGAUUGUUGGCUUUUGUUACUUAACCAGGCAAUGUAUCCUGCUGGGCCUUAACUCUCAGAGAACCCCCUGUCCUUAAAAAUGUGUCUUCUCAAAAUGUCCCACCAACCUUAAGAUUUUAGGAAGAUUGGUUGUGUUCCAGGUCUUUGGAGAAAGGAUCGAGCUUCCCUUUCUCCCAAAUGGCAUUUGAGUAGAGAGAAGUUACUGAAGAGGCUCUAACUGCAGAUAAAUACCUCAAAGAUGAUCAAUUAUACUGAAGUUCUUAAAAUUCAUAUGAUUAAGAACAAAUAGGGCAAAAUCUUUGUGGUGCAGCAGAGCAAGAUACAGAACCAGUUGGUUGGAAGAAUCUUGAUAUUCCCCUCGCCCUGUUCAUGAGGCUGCAGUCACAUCCUGGGAAAUUCAGACGGUCCCUCUUGCUGAUGUGAAACUGUUCUUGGGUGAAGUUUGUUGCAAAGUAUUUGCAUGGGUGCUUGAGCUGCAGCUGAGGUUUGUCACUGUGUGAAGGAGGCAGGUUUAGUUCCUACAAUCUGGGCACCUGUUUCUCCAGUUUUCCAUCUGCACUGAGCAUGGAUGGGACUAAAAGGUUUCCCUUCACUUGAGCUGGCAGCAGGGAACUUGCAGGGAUGUGCUGGGAAGGUGCAGGUGUCCUUCACUGAUGGCCCAGAACAUCUGGAGAGCAAGGAAGAAAUAAGCCCAGACAACAAAACUCCCCUGUUGAACUCAGAGGACAAUUUCCUUAUUUAAAUCUGGCCUUAAAUAUAUUUGUGAUUAUUGUCUGGAGUUUGCUGGAAGCUCCCUUCUAAUGGUGUUUUUCCUGAAAUGAGAGAAUUUGUUAAAAUGCAUCUGAGCCCUCCAUUGGUCUGGUCUGAUCUUGGCUGUCGUGGAGGCAGUGGCACAACUUCAGGAAAGGACCUUUUGACUUUGACAAAAAGAAGGGAGCUUUGGGAACAUUCCUUUCUUUUUGCCAGCACACUCUCAGUCGUGGAGAGGAAUAAUUGCUUAAACUGCAACAUUUUCCUGUUGGCCAUUUUUGCAGAGGGAGGGAGGUGGGGAAGGCCCUUCAGAAGUGUAUUUUUGGUGUGAUGUGGAGAGUGUGAUGGGAAACUUCCUUUUCUAGACUGUUCAUCUAAGGGCAGAGGUGCUAUUCUGUGAACCACUUUCAGAGGCUUUUUGAAUAGAAUGCUAUUAAAAUUUGUGUCUCUCUGGUUCCAGCCUUAAGGGAGGGAAAGAAAUCUAUUUUCCAAAAUCCACUUCCUAAAAGCCACUUAGACUAGCAUGUAGGAUAUCUGCAUUAGGAAAACUAGAGGCUAACUUGGCAUUUGAUUCUGAAUUUAACUUUUUUUUGCUCUUGCUGCAGUUUUAUUAAAAGCAAGAUUCUCUUCCCCUCUCUUCUAAUACUCAUAGAAGAGUCAGAAGGGUGUCACUGGCUCGCUUCCAACCCUGCUGGCCCAUUUCUACCCAAGGAAGGAUCAAGAGGACACCUGGAAUUUUGGUCUCAAGCUAAAUUUUAGGAAAUAUCUGUUAGACUUUUAAGAAAUGAAAAUGUACUUCCUCUUUUGAAGCUCUUGGAUUUUAGAAUGAAUUUUAGUAAUGCUUCUAGCACAUAAAAUAAGUGUUGAGAAUUUUUAGUUUGUUGUCAGGUUUAAAUUUUCUGAUGGCCUUAAACAUACCUGUAUAUAUGUCUUUGCAGUUCUUAAACUCAGCGUUGGAAACAAAUUGGUCCAUGGCUUAUGUAAACACUUGACAAAUAAAUCUAUUUAAAUGUUUUA